UGAAAAUUAAUGUUACUAAGAGCGUGGAAGUCGUUGAAUAAACAAUAUGAAGUCAAUCAGUCUAGCAUUACUUUUUGUAACAUUGUUGAUUUGCUCUUCCGUUGAGGCAAAUUCACUUGGCCGAAUCGUCAAUGGAGAUCAAGCUGUGUUCUACCAGUUCCCAUGGCAUUGUUCUAUACAAAAUACCAAAACUACGGCUGCAAAAGCGUAUUGUGGUGGUACACUUAUAGCUGCUAAUUAUGUGUUAACCGCAGCAUCAUGUCUAAAGGAUGUGAGCCUCAUACAAGUUGACUACGGUUCCAUUUUAUUUUCUCAACCUUUUGAGACACAAUACACGACCCAGUACCAGAACCAUCCGCAGUACAACGAACAAUACAAAAUCAAUAACAUCGCAAUAAUUCGGCUACCAGCCAGUGUAACAUUCAGAACGAACGUGCGAGCAAUUUUAUUACCUCGAGUUAGUGACCAAGGUGAUACGUAUGAAUCCUACGAUUCGUACGUAUCGGGUUUCGGAGUGGCGGAGGCCGGUAGUAGUUAUCUAUCGAACGAAUUGCGUUACGCUCAGAAAACGGUUAUCUCCAACGAUGUUUGUCGUCAGAGCUUCGAUUAUCGCUAUAUUGAAAGUACGGUAUUGUGUGCAACUGGAUUCAAUGGAAGCACCCAAUCAAUUUGUUAUGGCGAUCAAGGCGGUGCUUUAAUAAGCCACAUUGAUGGUGCAUGGGUACAAAUUGCAGUUGCUAGCAACAUUCAUCCAAAUGGUUGUACCGGUUUGGCACCAGCUGCUUACACUAGAGUUGGACCAUAUUUGGAAUGGAUAGAACGCUUGACGGGUAUUGCCCUGAGACCAUAAAUUGUUUUACUUUUACUGUCAGUACUGCCAGUGCAAACUUGCAAAUAAACAAAUUUAUUAAAUAUAUAGAAGUAGUUGCAUACCA